CUCCCCGCGCCAAACGGUGCUCCAACCGGGAUAGUCUGCCCAUUUGAUUCUAGGUCCCCCCCGAAACAGGCUGGACAAUCUCCGUGUCUCGGUUGAGUGGACGCUUGGAUGCCUCUUUCGCUUGUCGGCACGAGGAACGGACUGCACGUUGCCCACUGCGCCAGCUCGUGCCAAUGAGAAUGCGAUUGUUUAUGAAACACCGCGGUGAUUUGCCCUCUACCCACUGCCGGAUCAACCCUAGCAAAGGCCCCUUACUGGAGGACUGAGCAGCGAUGGAGACAAAGAGCCCUGCUACUGCUUGGCCGGUGUGAGGUCAGGCAACGGUCGCAUUCUUAAGAGCUCGUCUCCUCGACUUGCGAAGCUUCGACUGCCUCAUUCACCAAGCAGCUAUGGGACUGGAGAGUUUCCUGUCGCAAAUCACCCUAGCCAGGGUGGCUUUGGGUCUGGUCGUAUAUGUCGUACUUCAAUUCGUCUACCAAAUCAUCUACUAUCGCUUCUUCCACCCUCUCGCCAAAUUCCCCGGGCCGUUCUGGGGCAGCGUCACGCGCAUCUGGCUCGCAUGGCACAAUCUGCGGCAAACAGAGCUGGAGACUGUUUCUGAGCUGACGAAGAAAUAUGGCCCCGUUGUCCGCAUCACCCCGACUCUGCUGCUGGUCAGCGACCCGACAAAGCUGCCGGAUAUCUAUCACCGCCAGGCCGACAAAACUGGACACUACAUUACCGGAUCGUUCGGAGAAACCGAGUCGCUGUUCAACAUGCGCUCGUACAAGACGCACUCCUCCUUCCGCAAGCACUCCGCCGGGCCGUAUAGCUUCAGCAAUGUGAAGAAGAUGGAACCUCUGAUUGAUCUCCGCAUGCAAGAGUGGCUUGACAAACUCGACGAAAAGUACUCCAGUACCGGGGAGGUCUUUGACUUUGCCUGGUGGGCUGUCUACAUGGCGUACGACAUCAUCAGCGAGGUCGGCUUCGGCGCACCCUUCGGUUUCGUAUCGCAAGCCCACGACGUGGGCGGGCUAAUCCAAGGCUUCCACGACGGCCUGCCGGCCUUCGGGCUGCUCUCGCGACUGCACCCGUUCACGAGCUGGGUGAAAACGACCUUCCUCAAGAAAUACCUGGUGGCGACGCCGGCGGACCAGUCGGGCGUAGGGGUGCUAAUGCGGUUCCGCGACCGACUCAUCGACCAACGGCUGCGCGACCUCGCAGAGAAGAAGGACAUCGGGCGGGUCGACCUCCUGCAGACGUUUCUAGAGGCGCGCACCGAGAACAACCAGCCACUGGACAUGGAGUACAUCAAGGCGGAAGUGCUGCUCGUGCUCCUGGCGGGCGCCGACACCACCGGGACCGUCUUCCAAGCGCUGGUGCACAACCUCCUCACGCACCGCGCCGUCUACGACCGCAUGAUGGCCGAGAUCGAUGACGCCGUCGCCCGCGGCCUCAUCCCCGCUGACUCCAUGCCGCAGUACGCCGACAUCGUCGACCACCUCCCCUACUAUGUCGCCUGUGUGCGCGAGACGAUCCGCCUGAAUCCCCCCGCGCCUAACAUCUUCCCGCGCUAUGUGUCCGAGCCCGGCAUCGAGCUGUACGGCAAGUUCGCCCCGCCGGGCACCGAGAUCUCCGGAAACCCGUGGAUUAUGCAUCGCGACCGUAAGGUGUUUGGCGAGGAUGCCGAGGAGUUUAAGCCCGAGCGCUGGUUGGAUCCCGAGCACGCCAAGGUGUUGAACAAGUAUAUCUUCACCUUUGGGUAUGGGGCCCGCGUGUGUUUGGGCAGAGAUAUCGCAAUGAUGGAGCUGUUUAAGGGGCCGUUGCAGUUCUUCCGAUACUAUACCCCCCAUGUGAUUAAGGAUAAGCCGGCGGCACGAUUUGUGAUUCAGGGGGGUGUGGGCCACUGGACGGAUAUGUGGUUGACGAUUGAGAAGCGGAAGACGGCGUAGAUUCUUAGAACGGUGGCUGCUCUGAACGUAUAGUUGUUGGUGUGGUUUUGAGAAGUUCAUGGAUUGUAAAAUAGCCACAACCACUUCGAGUUCUUGUGUUAGAGGACAGCCAAUGCAGC